AUGUCUCAGUUUCGUCGAUUUUGCGGAGAUGAUGAGAUCGCGGCUCUUUUACAAGAGCUAAACGACGAAGGUGAUGCUUUUUAUAAUACUAACGAUGUUGAUCCAAUUGCUGACUUUAGUGAUGACAGUGAGGUGGAAGAUGAGGUAAUAUUACCAAACGAUCAUUCAAGUGAAAGCGAAUUAUCAGUAGAAGAAGAACAUAGCUCUUCACCUCAAUCUCGAGCUGCUAAAGUUUAUAACAGAUAUAUUGAACUAGACAAUGAAUUCAGAAGUAGGGAAUUCAAAACGACUACAAGAGGCGAAAUUUUAGCACUUAUAGGAAUAUUAUUCUAUAUGGCCACAUGCAAGACAAGUCGUGCGAACGCAAAAAGUUUUUGGAAAACAGACGGUACUGGUAUGGUAUUAUUUCGUGCAGCGUUCAGUUACAAUAGAUUUUUCUUUUUAUUGCAAUGUCUUCGGUUUGAUGAUUUGGAUACUCGGGUUGAAAGACAACAAUCUGAUAAACUUGCUGCAGUAAGAGAAAUGUAUACACUUUUCAAUGAUAAUAACAUGAAAAAUUAUUCCCCUUCAGAAUUCGUUACUAUAGAUGAAAAUAUGUUGUACGCUUUUAGAGGGAGGUGUAGUUUCAUACAAUACAUGCCGGCCAAGCCUGCAAAAUAUGGACUUAAAUUGUAUGCAUUGUGUGAUGCGAAAACAUUUUACGUCUAUAAUUUUGAGAUAUAUUGUGGCAAACAAAACCCCGGACAGUUUCUCGUAUCCAACAAACCAUUUGACAUUGUUAUGCGACUUAUUGAACCUCUAAAGACCUCAAAACGAAAUUUGACAACCGAUAAUUAUUAUGGUAGUUAUCCCUUGGCACAAGAGUUACUCAAAAAGGGUAUAACCCUCGUCACCACUUUGAAAAAAAAUAAAACCGAUAUUCCACCAGGAUUUCUUCCAAAUCCAAAACCUGUAAUUUUAUUAUCUACUAUGCAUGAUGGUCCUGGUGACAUAAACGAAGAAACCGGAAAGCCUGAAAUCAUCCAUGAUUACAAUAAAACAAAAAGUGGAGUAGACACAGUUGACCAAAAGUGCUCGGUAGCUUCAACAGCUCGGAAUACUAGAAGAUGGCCGCUUGCAUUGUUUUUCCGUUUCUUGGAUAUGGCUGGGGUAAAUUCUCAUAUUUUAUACGUUGCCAAUAAUAUAUCAAUGUACAAUUAUCGCAAAUUUCGAAGGUUGCCGUUUCUUCAAAGGCUCGCCACGAAUCUCUUAGAAGAACAUUUGAAAGAAAGGGCCAAAGUGAAGGGUCUUCCUAAAGAUGUACAGUACUUUCUCGCUAAAUACAAAAAUGAAGAUGUUUGCUCUGUUACUCAUGGAGAGAAUCUACCGAAAUCUGGAGCUUGUCAUGCAUGUGGAACAAGAAAAAACAACAAAACUACGGUUAGAUGUUCCCUUUGUACUCGUUUUGUUUGUAAGAAACAUUGCACGAAUGUAAUCAAGUGCCACUCAUGUUAA